UCCCGUCCAAGAACUCUUGGACGCGUCAGUCGCUCGCGAGAAUUCAGUCGAGAGUACGCCUCCGAGUUACCGCGGCUAUAACGGUUAACUGUAAAAAAGAUUUUCAAAAAUAAACGACAGUUUUCACAAACAUUCAUAUGUGUACGACAAUUUUGAAAAACUCUGUUACGAACAAUCGAUUUACCGCGUACAGUGCGACGUCCGGAUAUUUUUUAUUUUUAAACCUAAUAGUUUAAUUUAUCGUCUUAUAAAAUAAUAUCACAGUGUUACAUCGAACGGGGAGGUUCGCUAAACCAACCCCCCGAGACAUUGAAAAACGAGGAUAGUAAAACGAAUGAUUUAAGAUGAAAAAAGCUGGAUUUCAUCUUAAUCUCGAUUUGCAUCGGUGAAUGUGAUUUAAAUAAAUCAUCGCACGACGAGUUGACGAGAAUAAUCGAGAUACUUUCGGUGCGGUGAACGGAGGAAUCGGUUUUGAGAGCGGUGAGAAAUUUUCAUCCGCGAAAAAAACCGCUGCAGCGACGAUACGCGGCGUUGCGGAGGACCCGAGCGGCGCUCUUGGCCUUGAACUUUAAAUUCCAUCCUUCGAGAAGAAGGGUGCGAAUUAUCCGUCGUUCGUAAAGCCCCCCCCCCCCCCCUCCCCCUCGGUGCGAAUAGUCGCGAGGUGGGUAGUUUUCGCGGUGUUUCGCGACGCGAGGAUAUCGUCGUCUUUGAGAACCGCAGACCGAUUGACUGGCGUGUAUAAAAAUCAGGGAAAAAGGAGAAGUGGUACCGCGAACGAGCCGAGCGUCUCGGUUCCCAAUGGUGUCAUCAACGUGGUGAAGUGACAUUUGAAAAGAAAAGAAGAGGAAUAGAUAAAAUUGGAGGAAUCAGUGGUACACGAUAAAUCGGUAAAAGAUGCCGAAGAUAUUUUUAAUUAAGAAUCGCCUUCACCAGCAGCAACUCAGGCUGCAGGAGGCUCAACAUCUCAGCAAAAGUCCACCGCCUUCUUCCGGCAAGGAAAGUCCACUCGGUGGAUCCGAACCGCUAAGUUUAAUCGUCAACAAACACCAAUAUCGCGACAGAACCGAUGACGACAGAGCGACCACCCCUGAGUCCGUGCGCAGCACGAGUCCUUCGGGAUCGCCACCACCUCCGGGAAUCGGUCGACCUUCCACUCCGACGAACACACCACCCUUACGUUUUAUAUCCAGUAUACUCGGUGGCGAUGUACCUUACGGGAGCAGAGGUCACGUGCUCACGAGGGCGGAACGCAAGGAGUACAGCAGUCCCCCGAUCGCGCCUACCGAGAAAUUACCGUCUACGGAAAAAAUAACACUACCGAGGGCGCAGACACCCCCGAAAACGCCGAGAGUCGAACCACCGACAAGGGUGUCCGUCAUAAGAAGGGUCCCCCCACAGACCCAAUCCCCGAGACGAGAAGAGACAAACCUAGAAGUACCGAGAACGAGGGAACCCGAACAGGAACAACCGAUCGACUAUGCGGUUCCAAAGAGAAAAGGUGAGGUCGAAGAAGAGCGCGGCAGGGACGGCGCCAAGGCGAGCAGGAUCGGAAACUCAAUUGCACGGCCUCUUCUGGCCAUGCGUGUCUCGAACGCGAGUCAAGUAGUGCAGGUAGUAAAGGCGGCGGCGGGUCAUGGGAGGAAUUCUUCUGGCAGCGGUAACGGGUCGGGCGGUCAAAACUCUGGAAAUUCCGGCGGCGGAUCGUCCGGCGGAAGCGUGAACUUCAGCGGAGGCGGUGGAUCCGGAGGAGGAAGCGGAGGUUCGUCGCUCGGAGGCGGUACCGGCGGGGGAGGUGGUGCCGUCGGCGGUGGAGCCGGGGGAGGAGGAAUGAAUCCCGGAGGGAACGGUGGUCGAGGAAAUUACGGACCGAGUUCACCACCGACGGGAUCCCUGCCCCCGUUCUACGAGUCGCUCAAGGGCGGCAAUAACUUGGCAAAUUUCGCCAAUCAGUACAACGGCGGAAGUGGAAACACUCAAGGGAACGGCUACCUAACACCUUCGCCAGCGGUUGGUAUGGAGUGCGACACGGGACAACAAGAACUCGGAGGUCAAAAUCAGUACGGUGCGCAGGAAGGAAAGCAGUAUUCCUUGCUCCAAAAUGUCUGCGCGUCUUACGGUUUGACCCUGAAGGAAGAGGAGGAUCUUUCCGCCUACAAAUUGCAGCCGGGCGAUCUUUUGUCCGGACAAUACGGGGCCUACGACGUAACGGACUCGGGGAUGAUGGUCGAUAUGGUAACCGGAGCCGUAGUGGAUCCCCUUCAGUUCACGGCGACCCUCACUUUCAGUUCGCCGUCCGAUCACACGGCUCUGUUGGAGAGUCUUAGCGACGCGGCUGACCUAUUCCUCCCAAGGUUGCCCGCCGACGAAGGUGGCAAUGACCUACUCGACGACUCUCUUCACUCACCGCCUUCCGCCGGAAGCACCAUCGGUCAGGACGGUCAAAUCACAUCGCCGGUAGAACCGAGCGUCGAUCCAUUCCCCGAACACAAUAUCGCCCUCGCCAGAGGAUUCGACGCCUCCAGGCAUUACGGUACCUCACAGCACUUCAACCCGUCGAAACUUUCCACCAGUCUCGCAUACCCUCCCGGUGAAUCGAGCUACCAGCCUCUCCCCAAAGAACGUCCGGAGCUGGCUCUCCACAUCAACCAACAACAAAACGAGCCCCAACUUCAGCAACUCCAAAUUCAAGUCCAACUGCAACAACAAGCAGCCUCCUCGUCGCCUCAUCAACAUCACCAUCAGAGUCUCCUUAGUCCCGGACUCAGUUUCGCCGGAAGUGGACUCGAUUUAGAUUCCGCAAGCAGUGCCGGCGGAAGCCUUCCAAGUCCCGGAGCGGCCAGCUGUUCGUUGGACACCGCCUCGGCCAGCGCGUCUUCACCCUGCACCCUCAUGGACCACGGGCAGGUACCGAGCCCUGCGAGUGUCACCGCCAGCGUGAGUGCCUCUUCCACAACUUCCAAUUCACAUACUUCCCCGGUCGGAGAUCCUCCGCUCCCGCAGCGCGUCAACGUCCUUCAGCAGCGGCUGGGAUUACCGGGCGACGUUCCGAUUGAGUUCGUUAACGGUGGACACGGAAUAAAAAAUCCAUUGGCCGUUGAGGGGCAACGACAAGCGGCGUCGACGCGCGAUGAAGAAAAAACCGCCCGACCGACUCCCGGCAAGGACGACGACCCGAACAGAUUCACUUGCCGCGUUUGCAGCAAGAAUUUCAGCCUUCAGCGGCUCCUUAAUCGUCACAUGAAAUGCCACAGCGACGUGAAACGGUAUCUGUGCACUUUCUGCGGCAAGGGAUUCAACGACACGUUCGACCUGAAAAGGCAUACCAGAACGCAUACAGGUGUCAGACCGUACAAGUGCAAUCUUUGUGAGAAGAGCUUUACCCAACGUUGCUCUCUUGAGAGCCACUGUCUGAAAGUUCACGGUGUUCAACAUCAGUACGCUUACAAAGAACGCCGCACCAAGGUUUACGUCUGCGAGGAGUGUGGUCACACCACGCAAGAACCGGAAGUUCACUAUCUACACUUGAAGGACAAACACCCGUACAGCCCGGCGUUAUUAAAAUUUUACGACAAACGUCACUUCAAGUUCACAAAUAGCAAUUUCGCCAAUAUGCUGCUCCAGGUUCGCACGUAAAUUUAUCCUCACGGAGAAGAAAAAGAACGGGAGUAAGAGGUGGAGGUGCGGCGCGAUGGCUCGGAGAGUUUUCGAAAAUCUAUAAAUCGAUUUUGCAUCCAUCAUCCGUUUCUGGGUUUUCAAAGAACGCGAGACCAUCGCAGGGACACUAUUUAAUGACCUGAGUCUAACGCCAGCAUAUUUCAUGGUUGCAUUUCGAGUGAAUGAUGAAAUAAUUUAUAGGUAUAUCAUUUACACAUCUUUCGUCGAGACGCGGUAUGAAGUGGGCGGGCGGUAGGCCUUUUAUUUAAUAUUAAGUAACUUAGCGCAGUAUUCAAUUUUUAAUUAUAGUUAAUAAUUAUUCAGGAUUAGUAAGUUAACCGUAUCGAGCGAAAAUGGGACGAGUAGCGCCCGUAAACUCGGAUUCAACGUUUCGGGAAUGCUUUCUUUUUCUUUUGUUUUUUUUUUUUUUAUAAAUAAAUAUUAAUAUACACAAUACAAACGAACUGAUAAAGAGACUUUUGAAUGACUCGAUGUGAUUUUGGAAAGUUACGUUGCUUUCCGACUUGGCGGGCGACGUGCGAGAGAUCCUUGACCCUCGUGUCGGGAAUUCAUUGAUCUGAGAAUUGCAGAAUAAGAGACGAUAAUUGUUCGUGUUACCCUGUAGUAACGACGUCGAGGAUCUCUUGUGGCAACGCGUUUUUUUUUUUUUUUUAAUAAUUUAAUAUUCGCCGUGACUAUUGCGUAUUAGAAGACUUACAGUUCAGGCAAUUUUACUGUAUUUAAAAAGAUAUACAAUUUUAUUUAAGAUUAUCAUCAUCCCUAGUAAAUAGGCCUAUACACAGUUUCGUUCUUCAUCAUCUAUAUCGCAUUCGCUGGAGGGGGGAAGAAAUCAUCGCGAACUUCCGGACGUGAAUAUAAUAAUUUUUGUCUAUUCUCAUUAAAUCCGGGUCAUGUAUAACGAUUGUUGAUGGAAUCGUGUAUAUUUUGCGUACAUUUUCUUGAAUAAUUGAUUUACAUUUUUCACUCACCACACACGCGGAUCGACGCAUGCAUACAUAUAUAGAAUAAUUGAACAAUCACAUAUAGUCGAAACGGGGAUUUGUGCAAUUUGGUGGUAGGUAAAGUAAAAACAAAAAAAAUACACGUAUUGAAACACGAAGCAGACGUAGGCAUGAAACACGGCACACGGCGCACAAAUUACGAUACAUUUAAAUAGGUAUACCGUAGUACAUAUAAUGAUAGGAUGUAACUAGACACGGACAAGGUGCAAAAGUAACAAGACCAGCAAUUAUGCUCUAUCUUUGUAGAAUAGAGCAACUGAAAAUGCAGAUCGAAUAGGAGAAUAGUAAGAAUUAAAAAAUGUGUUUUUUUUUUCAACAACAUAAAGAAACGAAAAUAACAAUAAGUGGUGUUGUCUACGAACAAGGUGCUUGAAUCCAUCCAUACAUACGAAACGCAUGUAUACAUAGUAGUAGAAACUGUACCCUAAAAGAUCAAUAAAAUCAUUUUUUACGCAAACUAAGAAAGAGCGAAGAAUAAGUAUAACCGAUCAAUCGACGUUUCGAUCAGAUGUACUCACCUACGCCGACAAAGAGGACUUGGAUGAAAAGAAAAUUUGAUGACAACGAUGUGACUAGAAAUUAAUGGAACAAGAUCGCUGUACAUAUUUAUACAUAUUACGUAAAUGAAUCAAUUGAUGAGUGAUUUUUAGAUAUUUCGCUAUGGGUCUAUUGUCGAAUCUUGCUCUUUCUCUCGCGGAUCAGCGAGGAAGUUGCGUUUUGCGUUACUGUCGAAAAGUGUACAUAAUGUAGAGUAGAAAUAUUGAUCACUUAGGGCGAGAGCAGAGAGCGGGAAGGGGAAAGUAACGAAAUGAAAAGAAAGAAAGAAAGAAAGAAAGAAAGGAAAAGCUCUUGCUUUCCAUACCGAAGUAACGUUGUUAUGGAUAUCAUAAAUAUAGAAAUGUACGUACCUUGCAGCGACGGAUAUUUUUGUAGGAUACCAUGAGAAAUUCGUAACUCUCUUAGCAAUACUCAAGCUGUUUUAUGGUAUUUACUGAAAUAUAAUCUAUUAUUUAAUUUACAUCCAGUAUUGUUUCAUAUUAUAUAUUAUUAUAUUUAUCUUCGUUAAUUUUUAAUAGAAGCAUUUUCAUGUUUCGAACGAAUAGCCUGUAGUUACACACAUAGUAUAUACGUAAAUAAAUAUUAUUAUGUAUCACGGACUUUACUGUAGCUGAGAAUACUCCUGUGAACGUCCGUGUUAGAAAAAGAAAAUAAGAAUGUUUGUAUCAUACCCUAGACGAAAAAUGUUAUUCCGAUAUUAUAUAUUUAGUUUUAUUAUUAAUGGAUAAUUACAAUAAACGUGGUUAUGCAUUCUGCAUGUAGAAGUUUGAAAGAUAAUAAAAAACCUUAUUUAAGCAUUAUAAAA